AUGGAUGCGGAUACCCAAGCUCUCGUCGACAGGAGAUCUGGCGAACUGGUUCAAUGGCACAUAUACUGGACAACACCGGCUCUCAUAGUGGCAUUGUUCAUGGCAGGGUUUGCGGCAGCAGUGGGUCACCACUUGUUUUACAUGCAUCUCAAUGGGAAGCCUGCGACCGAGCAACUGAAGAUGGUGCGAUAUGGUACAGCCUUGGCCUUCUUUGUGAAAAGCACACUGGUUGGAACUGUCAUCAUGUGUAACCGUCAGCGCAUAUGGUAUACCUUCCGACGAAAGGCGAUGACGAUCAAUGGCAUUGAUGGCCUGUUUUCUGCAACGGAAGAUCCGACGCAGUUUUUCCUCAACUGGGAGAUGAUCCGAAACGGCAAGCUUGCUACGCUCAUGGCAGCCUGUACCUGGGCAAGUCUCCAAUACUUCCACAACAAAUCUGUGCUGACCUACCCAAGUUACUACCACUUGCAUCCUUGCUCUGUAGCUACCCUAAAUUUCACCCAGGAGUCUACAUACGACUUUCGGGACAUGAGUAAAUUCUGGCAGAAGAGCUUGAAUUUCUAUAACACCACUGAGCCAGCCGAAGAGGAAAGAAGAGAUGGAGAUGUCUAUUCCGCGGCAACGGGUACAGGAAGCUUCUUCGACUACUACGAUCAGCCGUCCAAGAACGCGCGCCGCUUGGCCUUCAGUAGUGUGUACAUGCAGAAGCCACAGCCGCGCGAAAACGCUUCUACCGUAUUUUGCGGAUCGGGCUGGAAUUGCGUAUUCGAGAAGGAACCAAAUCUCUGGAUCGGCUACGCCAUCAACACCUCCGAGUCGUACUCCCAAGAUGCGGAACCAGAGUACAAGGCCAAAUGGGGAAACUUACAUGAGCCAAAGCUAUUCAAAUGCGUCAUGCAGUACACCAAAUAUACAUUCAACAUGAGCUACAAUCCCAGACAGUCCGCAACCCGCUGGGAACGAGAAUUCCUGCGUCCUGUCAUCGGAAACCAUCCCAUCGAGCCCCAGAAAAAUGUCGAAGAAUACAAAGUAACGGCUUCCUUCCAUACUCUAGGUUCCCUCCUCCGACGCUUCCUGCGUGGCAAGAUCGAAAAACAAAAGAUCCUCAUCACCUACUCAGAUUUGUCUGAGACGCGUCUAGUCAACAGCAGCACCUCGUACCCGUUGGUGGAUCUGAAGACAGAGAUACAAGACCUUUUCGAAGAUAUACUCAUCACUCUCCUCAACGACCCGAAUCUAGUCGUGGUCCAGACCCAAGAAGUGCCUUGCACAAAGUCACGAACCAUGAUGGUAUACGUAUAUUACAAACACUCUCUAUGGAUCGGAUAUGCAAUCGUUAUCGCAAUCACUUUCACUUUCAUGCUGGUCGGCGCGUGGUCGCUUCACAUGAACGGGGUAGCAUCUGAUGUGCUUUUCUCACGCAUCAUGGCUACUACCCGCAAUCCUACGCUGGAUCACUUGAGCGUUGGCGCAUGUUUGGGCGGGGAUCCUUUUCCUAAGGAGCUGGCGAAGACGAAGUUACGCUUUGGUGUGCUCCUUGAGGAUGAUCAUAGGGAGGGGCCUUUGGGCAAGGUGGAACAUUGCUGCUUUGGCACUAUGGGCGAGACGAAGGAGAUUGUCAAAGGUGGUACGUAUGCGGGACUGAAGGAGUAUAGGGUCGAUGCAUGA